AUGGUGGACUAUAGCAAAUUCGAUAAGAUUGUGGUGGAUGAGUCAGAUUCAGACGAUGCGGCAAUCGGCACCCUCCAAGAUGUGGCAGAUGCAACCACGUUCAAGGCACGGAUUAUGCGCUCCGAAGCUUCAGCACGUCAACAUGAAGACUUUCCGUAUCCUCUGAAAGGUGGACAAGUGGUGCCUUUCGAUAUCCGGCACGAGGCUUGCGCACGUUACGGGUACUCACAUGGUGAUGUGGUGAUCACCGAGUGCGGCGUCAUUUCCACAGCCAUAGGAGUUCACGACGCUCAUCUGUGGUUUCAUGUGGAAGGAGCAGCAGGGGCAGGUUUAUGGCAGCACGAGACUCUGAGGAAGGUUGGCCACACAUUGGUCAGGUUUGAGUCUGAGAGCACGAGACAGGCCCCGAGUUUGUCUGACGACUGGCUGAGUCUGGACUUUCAGUACACAGCGGGACUUACCGUGUCUGCAGCAGCAGUUGAGCGCUUCGACACUCGCGAUCAGCUUUGCAUGCAAGUUGGAGGCUUUCAGCAUGGACAGGUUCUCCAGGUCCGAGGCAUCAACAAGCCAAUCGUCACCAUCGGGGUGCGCCGCAGCCCAGAUGGCCGCCUGGCCCUUUGGUUUCACGUGCACGGAGAACCAGGAGCUGGUAUCUUAAGCUCCGCUGCCUUGGCCUCUGCUCGUGUCACAGGAACGCGGGUCGUCCGCGAGCAUGUCGUGCCAAUCAUUGCAAGCCCUCAGCCGGCGCCUGUGGAAGUGCAAGCUCAAGAUUCAAAACCGUCGCCGUCUCAGAAGGAGCUCGUGCAGGAGCAGAAGGCCCGAAAGGCGGCGGAGGCCGAAGUGAAGCAGCUGCGCAAUGAAGUGAAGCAGCUACGAAGCUUGGCCCACGUUUUGUCUUUAUUUGUGCUCAUGUCGGAGACACGGAACGAUGGACCCUACCUGCGUCAUGGCUCCAGACAGUACACAACGCAGGACCGCUUGAAACGAGACAAUAUCGUGAGGGAGGUCGAGUCUGAGAUGAUGCGCCAUUACAUCGAGCCCAAGUUGCAGGAUUUGCGCUUGGAGCAGGAGUCCGUCCAGCAGCAGAAGGCCAACAUGACGGCCUCAUCGCGUGCGAUGGAAGCUCAGAAGCACCAGCUACAGCAGAAGCUGGAGGCCAACUUGACAGACACGCGGCGGCUGCAACAAGAAUUACGGGAAAGAGCAUUAGAAGCUGAGCGUCUCCGCCAGGAGACGGCGCAUCUUGAGAAUCGGAUUGAACAGGAUGCUGCUGAAAAGGCGGCGCUGCUGCGACAGCUUGGUUCGCAGUCGUUGUCCGUAGACGAAGAGACAUGGCAGUUUCAGAACGAUGCUGGUGGGUGGACCUCUUAUUCAGCCAAAGUCAGCUCUGAGCUCAUGACGGCAUUCACAAAUGGUGCUGAGGUCUUUACCGUGAUUUGCGAGGGGAGACAUUAUGAGAUUGAUUUCAAGCUCAAGACGCAAAUGAACUUGAGCACAUCAAGACGUCGCGCCAUCCGCUGUGACCUCGGCCUGCCUGUCCACUGGCAGAUGACCAAUGAGGAUGGCCUGAAGCUCUUGGAAGGUGACCCGGAUGACGCACAGGGCUCCGACAUCUCGUUUGCGCUCUCUAUGGGGACCGCUAUGACUGCCAUGAGUGAUGGCAUGCGCCUGGCCAUGCAAGUCUCCUACAAGAGAUAUGUCACGAGAGUUUCGGACGAAGCAAUCUUGCUGAAGCUUGAACAUGUCUUGAAUCUUUCUCUCAAGCGACACGAUGGCUCCGCUUGCGACUGCUUUCACGGAGACUCCACUUUCCGGUUGAAGGAGGCAUACCAGGUGCGCAACUUGUACCUUUGGCGCCGAUACCAACGCUUUGUCAAGAGCAUUCGUGACAAGCAGAAGCAGUUUCGGAUUAGGCCACAAGCAAUCCAUCCGUCACUUGGGGAUUCGCUAGAAGACUUCGCGAAGCUUCUCCAAGUAAAUGAUGCCCAAAAUGAAAGGCUACUUUUUCAUGGAACGAAGAAAUUCGGCGAUGCCCAAGCUAUUGCGACGGAGGGGUUCGACAAUCGAGUUGCGCAAAAUGGUGGGCUGUAUGGCAAGGGAACAUACUUUGCUGCACAGACGUGCAAGAGUGCGCAGUAUGCUUUGAGGAGAGGCAAAUAUGAGAAAGCUUCUCACAAGAGACUAGGUACGAUUCUUCUUGCGCGAGUCGCACUUGGUGAUCCCUUCUAUACUGAGGGCCCCUACCGCGAGUCUCGUCCACCUACGAAGACAUGCCGACGGCAUGAUCCCGGCUCUGGCUCAGAUGAUGAUGAGAAUAUGCAUGAGAUUAUUUGCGAUUCUCUCAUUGCCAAGCCGGGGAUCCGUCGCGGAGAUGGUGUUCAGAGUCAUAUGGAGUUUGUGACCUUUGCCCCGGAACAGGUGUACCCCGAGUACAUACUCCGCUACAUUGAGGACUGA